AACUUUACUGUUAACAUUAUUCAAUACAUUCAAUAAUAUCAAUAUGCAAGAUACAAAUGAAUGGGUUAAUUGGAUUGAGGAAUCAGUGGAUAAAGAAUAUUUUAAAUCAUAUGAAUAUAAAGAAUUUGAUAAUAUUCAACAUAUUGGUACUGGAGGUUACGGAAAAGUAUUUCGUGCAAAUUGGAAAAAUUCAGAAAAGCAAUUUGCGUUAAAAUCUUUUUUUAGUCUUGAUAAUAUCACCAUGAAAGAAAUCGUUCGUGAGUUAAAAAUUCAACACGAAGUUGAUUUUCAUGAUAAUAUUAUUCGUUGCUAUGGAAUAACAAAACUUGAGUCAGAAAAUCAUAAUAAUUACCAGCUAGUAAUGGAAUAUGCUAAUAGUGGUACUCUUCGAAGUUAUUUGAAAGAAAAUUUUAAUAGGCUUACGUGGGAUGACAAGUAUAAUUUGGCAUAUCAGUUAUCUAGUGCUGUAUCGCACUUACAUAACACGGGAAUUGUGCAUCGUGAUUUGCACUCCUAUAAUAUAUUGAUCCAUAAUAAUGCAAUCAAAUUAGCGGAUUUCGGAUUAUCAAAAAGAAUUGGUGAAUCAUCCAAUUUUCAAUCUAAAUUAUUUGGGAUGGUUCCUUAUAUUGAUCCAAAAAGCUUUAGUGGACAAAGAAAUAAUAACAAUCAAUCAACACAAAUAUGCUCAUUGAAUGAAAAAAGUGAUAUUUAUAGUUUAGGCGUAUUAUUAUGGGAGAUAUCUAGUGGGCGACCUCCUUUUUAUGAUGAAGAUAAACAAUUUGAUAUUGAUUUCGCUUUGGAAAUUUCACAAGGUCUUAGAGAAACUAUUGUUCCUGGUACUCCUGAAAAAUAUAUCAAAAUCUAUACCAAAUGUUGGGAUGAUGAGCCUGAUAAUCGACCAACAAUAUAUCAAGUGGUUGAUUGGCUUAAUGCCAUAAUGACAAAAACAGAUGUAAUAGUAGAAAAUGAUCAAAUACUAAAUGAACAAGAAAUUAAUGAGGCUUCUUUAAGUACUAAUAAUUCAAAUUUACAAGUAGAUUUAUUUCAACCUAUUCAAAAUUUUGAUAAAUUAAAUAUAAAAGAAAUUGAUCCUAUUUUAAUACUAAGUAAAGAAGAAAAUUUUCCAAUUGAAGAUUUUAACAUUAUAAUUGAUGAAAUAGAUGAUUUUAUUUUUAUAUUAAAAAAUAAAGGACUUAAAGCAAAACAACAAGUUAUUGAAUAUUUUAAUAAUUAUAAUAUAAAUUCUCAAGAAAUUUAUAGUUGGUUAUUAGAUAAUCAAAAUAGUUCAAAUUCUAUUUUUAUUCUUGGGUAUUUUAAUUAUUAUGGAAUUGUAACAAGUGAAAAUAAUGAGAAAGCAUUUAACUUGUUUAUUAAUGCAUCACAAAGAAAUCAUAUAAUAGCACAUCUUUUUGUUGGUUAUUGUUAUAGUUAUGGAUAUGGAACUAUAAAAAAUGAAAAAUUAGCAUUUGAAUAUUAUGAAAAAGUGGCUAAUGAAAAUUUUUCAAGUGGGCAAUUAGAAAUGGGUUAUUUUUAUGAAAAAGGAAUAGGAGUUGAUAUAGAUUAUCAAAAAGCUUUUUAUUGGUAUGAAAAAGCUGCAAAUAAUGAUAAUAUUAUAGCUAUAUAUAAUCUUAGUAGAUUUUAUGAAAAUGGAAUUGUUGUUGAAAAAAAUUUUAAUAAAGCUUUUGAUUUAUAUAAUAAAUCAGCUGAAGGAGGAUAUUCAGAUGGAAUAAUUAUGUUAGGAUAUUGUUAUAGUAAUGGUAUUGGUACUAAAAUUGAUAAGAAAAAAGCAUUUGAAUUAUAUCAUAGUGCUGCAAAUUUAGGGGAUGUUAUAGCACAAUAUAAUCUUGCUUUAAUGUAUGAAGAAGGAAAUGGAAUUACAAAAGAUAUAGGUAAAGCAAUUUAUUGGUAUGAAAAAUCUGCCAAACAAGGAGAUCUAGAUGCACAAGAUAAAUAUAAAUCACUUCAAAAUAAUCAAAUAGUAAUUCAUGAUAAUUUUCCUUCAAUCAUUGAAUUAUAAAACUUUAAAUCAUUUAUUUCGUUACAGUAGUUAAAAAAAGAAUUUACAAGUUGUAAAUGAAAUACAAAUACAUAAAUUGCUAUAAUAUUAUCUAUUUUUAUAUAGUAAUCAUUUUUAU